UUUGGUAUUCCAUUUGUAACUGGUACGCCAGCCUUUCCAAAGCACACCUUCUGCUCAUAUGAUCUCGUCCAGUGGCUAAAACGGCGUCUGGAGGACAUCACCUCUGUCAGUACAGCUGUGGCUUUUGCUCAGAGCCUGUUGGAUGCCAAGCUCAUAUGUCACGCCUCUGGCAACCCGCAGCAUCGCUUUCUCUUCGGUUUCUUCUUCUACACCCUCCUGGUGGAAUUCGUUCCUGUUGGCAGCCUUUCUGAUGUACAUGAGCCACCACAUGCAACCACAAAAGCUCACCAUUCUACUUCGGGCAAGUCGUCAACUUUACAGGCCUUGAGUGCGUUCUCCGUGGACUUUCAGAAGGAGUGGAUCGAAGUCUUGUUUAUCAGACCGGAGUCCACCUUAUAUGCGUCAAGUAGAUCAGCAUUCCUGCCUACGCCUGGACUUGGUGACAAUUCAAAAGCCAGUGCUCAGCGGGAAUUCUGUCCUCCUCCUCCUCCUCCUCCUCUUCCACUACCGCCUCCCUGUCCCUUGUCUUUGACGGAUGUGGUUUCGAAGGCUGUGCUCGACGGUAUAUUUUCGACGGAUUCGCUGAAGCAGGUGUUCGGACCAGACACUAACGCCAAUGUGCAUGUUGGAACAGAGGGCAUUUUGAGGAAACGCCAUACUUCGAUCGCACAGGAAUCUUCCCCGCAGGACCACUGUUCGGAGUGGUACUGUCUCCUCUACGACAUGAACUACAAUCCCACCUGCGGAUUUUCUCUGGAAAUUCAGUGGCUACUGCUUCACAUCUAUCGUCGAGCUUCAAACAUGGGCUUUCACUUUUUCCCGGUACCGUGCUAUCCAUUCGGCUAUCGCGGCACCCGCAUUGUUCUCGACCCUCUUAGGAUCCCGAUAUUCGUACCUUGCACCCUCGCCAACUUCGUAGAUGAUGCGGAACUCAGGAACCAGGAGGACGCCGCGUCCUCAGGAGCGGUUUGUUCACCCUUUGCGGUUGCCGCUCACCUGUUUCCCAAAACUCGGAGUCCUUCAGCAAUGUCAGCUCUGUAUGAAUUUCAGUCUCUCAUCCUCAGCAGAUUCGGAUUCAUUCCGCUGGCACACUUCCCACCAGUGGAACACACAACCGCUACGAGUCCCAAACAGGGCCACCGCGAGAUGGAAGAAGAGGCGAUCGAGGACGAUAACGAGACUCCUCGCCCAGCUGGGGUGCUCGCAUCGCAACCGAGUUACGGUAACAGCCUCAACUUGCCAAAGGGCAUCUCCUUCACCCAGCGCACCUAUGUGCACGUGAGCGGUGGCAUGUUUGUCAUGAUCCCAAUCUACUCCCAUGUGCGUCCAUCGGUGCCGCGCAGAGUGAGUGACUGCUGUGGCUCCAUCGACGUUCCCCACCUCCACACUGGCAACUCGGUGUCCACCUACUUGUCCUCUGCGCGCUCUUACGAGGCGCAAAGCGAGGUAGGCUUCUUCUGGACCUGGAAUCAUAUGCUGCCGAGGAAGUGGCGUGGCCAAUUAACCGGUGACGAAGCCUUCCAGGACGGUAUGUUGGAGGACUUCAGACGCUUCUGUUCGGGAGCGGACGACCGUCUGGCCUCAUUACUCAGCGACUAUCGGGCCAAGCAGCAGCAGCAGCGUUACAGUUCUUGA